UGCAUCUCUCUCUCUCUAACUGGAAACUUAAGGACACAGCACACAAGUUUGCGAGGAACCAAAAGAAAAUCUAAGGCAUGGCUUCUCUAGCAACCUUUGGUUCUGUGCAGCCAGCCACCGUUAAGGGCCUUGGUGGCAGCUCCCUCUCAGGAACAAAGCUCCAUGUCAAGCCUUCUCGCCAAAGCUUGAGACCCAAAAACAUAAGGAAUGGUGCUGUUGUGGCUAAGUAUGGUGAUAAGAGUGUAUACUUUGAUUUGGAGGAUUUGGGUAACACUACUGGCCAAUGGGACUUGUACGGAUCAGAUGCUCCAUCUCCAUACAACCCACUGCAGAGCAAGUUCUUUGAGACAUUUGCAGCUCCAUUCACCAAGAGGGGUUUGUUACUCAAGUUCUUGAUCUUAGGAGGUGGCUCCACCUUAGCUUACCUGAGUGCUACAGCUUCUGGUGACGUUUUACCAAUCAAGAAGGGCCCACAACUUCCACCAAAGAAGGGGCCACGUGGCAAGAUCUAAUUUACUUACUCCUGAUAAUCUUCUAUCUUUUUCAUAGUAUGUAUCUUUUUACUUUGUAAGUUCUGAAGCCUACUUAGUGUUAUUAAUUCAAGAAAUAUUUGUUUCCAGUGUGUGAACUUGGCCAUUCUCUAGUUAUACAGCCAUUCUGUGCAUUGUGUUAA